AUGGAGACCGAGACCGUCGAGCAAGCUCACACGCGCCAUCGCAAAGAGCUCAAAGACCUACAAGGCCGAGUGACGAAUAAAAAGAAAAGUGCGACAAAGAAGACGCGAAAAUCGGUAAACGACGAGUGUUCAGAGCUGGAGCGUGCCUUGCGCGAGCGACAGGCGACCGAGCUUGCCAGGCUUGGCGGAGAGAUACCGACGGACGGGGCCACGGAGGAUGUCGAGGACACAAACAUAGACGGCACCUACGGGGCGCUCGUCAAUGAAACACGCGACAAGCUGAAUAUAUCUUCGAGAACUGAGGUUCCCACGGCAGAAAGUUCGCCCCAGAACGAUUCACCGCAACCCGGCAAGAAGCGCAACAGGCAAAAGGAACGUCUGGCACGGCGCGCGGCGGAACAAGAGGCAGCCACGACCAAAGCCGAGGAGGAGGCCUCCACGAUGACAAAUCACCGCGCCAUCGAGAAUGCGUAUAUGAAGAAGAAAAUGGAGGCCGAGGGUCUCGUGGAGAAAGACAUCGCGCCGGACGGGCACUGCCUUUUCUCCGCUGUAGCCGACCAGCUACAGACGCAGCUCUCCAUCCCACUGAGUAGCGACGCGAGCGAAAUAACGGAGCCGGCAUACAAGAAGGUACGGCGAGCCGCAGCAGAAUUCAUGGCGGCACACGGCGACGACUUCGCGCCGUUCAUCGAGGGCGAUUUCGAGGCGUACCUGGCGCGCAUGCGAGAUACAGCAGAGUGGGGGGGCGAGCCGGAGCUGAUGGCUUUGGCACGGGCGUAUGACGUUGGGAUACGCGUGGUGCAGGACGGACGGACAGAGGCGAUUGGAAAUGGAGACAAAGUGAUAUGGUUGGCGUAUUAUCGGCAUGGCUAUGGCUUGGGCGAACAUUACAAUUCGUUACGUCGAAAGUGA